CUUUCUUCCAAUUCACAUCUGCCAAAUGUUGGACGCAAAAGGGACCUUAAUCCCGAUUUUUCGUCCGUGCAGUGCAUCAGGCCAGACGAAAACAUGAAUGAAUCAUUGGAGAACGCAAACAGUUGUUCUUUUCCUAUGGCUCAUGGUAUUCCACUGAUCGCAAUCAAUGUUAUUAUAUGCGUUCUGGGAUCACUUGGAAACUUCCUUGUUUGUUUGGCCAUUGCUACAAACUCUCGCCUACGCCGAGCCUCAAACUACCUUUUAUUUAGUUUAGCGAUCGCUGAUCUAAUGGUAACUUUGGUAUGCGAGCCACUACUUUUGAAAGUAAUAAUCCAGAGGACAUUCUUCCAUGAGUGCACAGAGUGGUUGCAGCGUACGUACUCUCUUUUAUCCCAAAUUUCAUGCAGCACUUCAGUCUAUCAUAUGGUUGCAAUCAGUUUUGAUCGAUUCGUUGCCGUUGUGUUUCCACUGCGACACAGAAACUUCAUCGAGGGAUGUGGACUUAAGCUUAUGCUUAUAAUAUCCUGGUCAAUCCCGAUUCUUGGGCGCGUUUUGAGGGCCAUCGUUCGGCCGGCCUCCUAUCCUGGCCAUUUUUUUGGAUUGGGAGUUUUUGCCUUGAGUUAUUUCUUUAUUUUCUUUUUCUAUUUUCUAAUCGUGGUAUUUCUGAUCCACUACAGAAAGACAAGAAAGCAACUAGGUGUCCGAACACUUUCUGUGAAAGUGACUUCCAGCAGGGAGGUCCGUGUUGCUUGCACACUGGCUAUCGCAAUUGGCGUUUUCACGGCUUGUUGGGUUCCUCUGAUGACUGUAUUUUUUGCCACUGGAAAAAUAAUUAUAAAUCGAAACGGCUCUCUACUCAUGUGGCUCCGAACCCUAGCUCUCUCCAACUCAGCCAUGAACUUUCUGAUCUACUCUGCCAAAAUCCGGGACUUCAAAGAGGCAUACGUUUAUAUUUUUCGAAAGAUGCUCCGCCUGUAG